UCGCCUUCGCUGGUUCGUUUGGUUAGGGCGCACGAGGGGCGAUCUCUCUCGCGGCGAAGCAAAGCCACCACCAGCUACCGGCCAUGGUCGGGGGAAGCAUCCGCGCGGCCGCCAAGGCCGCGAUGAUCGGCGGCUACCGCUCCGCCGCGUACAUGCGGCGCGCCGUCAUCCCGUCGUCCAACUCCUCCUCUUCCUCGUCGGCCGCCGACAACCGGAAGGCGUCCACGUUGGUAGCGGACGACUGGGUCAUCCCGGACCGCGAGGUGUUCGGCCCCGUGCCCACCCACGAGGAGGCCAUGGCCGCCACGCUCGAUCUCAGCGAGGCCUUCGAGAUUGCUAAGGCUGAAUCUCACACUGCUGACCUCGAUACUCCGAAGAAGCAUUUCUCAAUUACUGACCAGGAUAAUCAUGCAAAGGUUGCUCAACAAAUUGCACUUCCACAAUCUGUUGAGUCUGAAACACCCCAGGUCGUUGUUCAUUCAGAAACAUCUAAGAAAGAAGAUAACUACGAAAAUUUACUCGCUGCCUCUGGAACUCCUGGACGUGUUGUGCAAGCAUUCACAUUGCUACAUGAGAACCCUGAAGCUCAGGAUGUUGUUGCCUCACUUGCUUCUGAUAAGAAUGUUUGGGAUGCUGUGAUGAAGAACGAGAAGGUUUUGAAGUUCUAUAAGACAUAUGAGUCGAAGCUCAGCCAGUGCUCUAGUGCAGCUUCAAGCGUUUCUGGGGAUGAGGCGGAGGAUGGUGAUGCAGCUAGCGUGCAAAGCACUGACCUCCGUCCAAGCACUGGCGAAUCGGUCAAGGAUUACUUGGAGAAAAUUAGGGCACUGGUGUUCGAGAUGGUGACCAAUCUGUCAAACAUGAUGCAAGAUCUCGUCGCAACCUCGGACGAGGGCCGCUGCAAGGGGAAGAUCAAGACUCUGAUCAUGAGCUCCAGCAAAGAUUUUCCGAGCGCGCCAUCAGCCUUUGUGCUCUUGGCCAUUGCGUCCAUCAUGGUAGUUUUGCUUAAGCGUGCUUAGGUCAGUCAAAUAGAAUAGAUAAAAGGAAACUUUCCAUACAUGUUAGAGUGGUUGUUUGGCACUUCACUUUUGUAACAUUUUUUUCAGCUUAUGCGGGGCUUAAUCUUCCUAGUUCAACAAGUGGUUGACUUAUAGUGUACAUCUGUUCGCAAGACAAGAUUUUUUUUCACCGAGUUGCUUCUA